AGUCCGCAGCGCAGCGGAGCUACAAUGGAACCGUGGGCACGCGAUUAGCAGAGGAAAACACCCCUCGCGCACAGCCCGAAGACACUCACCUGGUGUCACACACGCACACCUCCCGGCAGAGACUGGAGACCCCCAAAAGAAGCUGCCGGGACCCCCAGGCACGUCCCAGACACCUCAAGACCCACCCGGCAUCACCCAGGCAGCUCUGGCCUAGAAGAUCCACCAGGCCCAGAUAGAAGAACUAAAGCAGACGGAACACUCAGAGGAGACGGAACACUCAGAGCAAACGGAACACUGACCAGACGGAACACUCGGAGCAGACGGAACACUGACCAGACGGAACACUCAGAGCAGACGGAACACUCAGAGCAAACGGAACACUGACCAGACGUAACACUCGGAGCAGACGGAACGCUCAAAGCAGACGGAACACUAAGACUAGAGCAGUCUGAGGUGUUCUGGAGAUGUGGAGCUCAGAGGAGGUGGUGGUGGUUCAGGCGGAACAGCUGGGUUUGCCGUCGGGGGCGACGGUGCAGCAGGUGGUCUUGACUGAGGAGGUGACGGAGAAUUCCACCUACGUCCUGCCACACGCACACGCACACACACACACACAGCUGCUGUCACACACACCCCUCCUCUGCAUCUCAGUCCAGCAGGAGGAGGAGGAGGAGGAGAGUGUAGCAUCUUUAUCGCCAGGGGAGACCAUCUCCAUGGAGAGGGCCACUGCUGGUCCUGAUACUGAGCCUAACGCCAUGGCAACAGACGGAUGCUCAGAGGUGGAGGAGGAGGCGGAAGAGGAGGAGGAGGAGGCGGUGUCCAUGGAGAUUGUGAUGAUGGAGGAGGAGUGUUCCGGUUCCGGAAGCGUGCGUGAGGAUUCCGAGGAGGCGGGGGCGGUGGAGGAUGACGGGGACCCCGAUUACGACCCCGCAGGGGACCCCGACGCCUUGCGAGCGUUCCAGUGUCACCGCUGCCAACGCCGCUUCGCCUCGCGCCAGGGCCUCGAGCGACACGCUCACAUACACACGCAUCAGACUCACGCCGGCACGCACACACACGCGCGUGCAACGUCGCCCGGCGCACGCGCGCACCGCUGCCGCUACUGCUCCAAGACCUUCAGCUCGCAGUUCGGGCGCCGCCGACACGAGAGGAGGCACGAGGCCGAGAGGAAGAGGACGGGUCGCCCCCCGGCUACGUUGGCCCGAUCGCCGGCUACGGCUACGCUGGCGGCUGGUGGCUCGGUCCGGUCCGCCUCCAGCACUACCGGUACCUCCUCUACCCGACCGCCAGCCGCCACUGCUGUAGCGCGACCCGCUAAGCCCCCCACCACCGCCUCACAGCCACGCACAAGCAGCACCGCCUCAGCUGCCCCUAGUGCUGUGAAAGUAGUCCCGGCCGCUAAGAUCCCUCCGCCGGUGCGUAGUAAAAAGGCGGCGGAGGAAGAGGUCAAAGGUCAAGGGGGCGAUAGCGGUAACGGUAGCCGUAGCGACGGCGGCCAUGUUUGUCGGCAGUGCCGCAAGGCGUUCGGCACCCACACCAACCUGCGGCGGCACCAGAGACGAGUUCACGAGCGCCACCUGCUGCCCAGACGCCUCAACAACACCACAGCGCCUCUAGAGGACGAGACGGGUACUGCAGGAGCCAGGCUGAACACCACCUCCUCUUCCUCUCCCACGGAGGAGAACCAGGACCCUGGUGGAGCAGGAGGAGGAGGAGGAGGAGGUGAUGGAGGAGAGGGAGGAGGAGGAGAGGAGGUGGAGCGUGAGGAGUACAUGGUUGACAUCUCCUCCAACAUCUCGGAGAAUUUGAGCUUCUAUAUCGACGGCAAGAUCGUCUCCACCUCGGCUCUCAGCAGCUGUGACGUCAUCGAGCUCAACUCCACCCACUCUGCCCUCUCCAGCUCCCUGAUUGGUCUAGACGCCCUGAUAAUAAGCCCCGCCCAGAUUGCCCAGGCGCUCAAGCUCCAGUCCUCCUCCUCCUCCUCUUCCUCCUCGUCCAAUUCCUCUUCUUCGUCACAUGAGACUCUUGGCCAAUCAUCAUCCAGACGUCGUCGCACGGCCACGCCCCCGCUGCUGCCGCAGAUUAAGACGGAGCUGGAGUCGGAGCCCAUCCUGACUACCACGGCGACCGCCUCCGCAUCCUCCGUGGUACCCGCGGCCCUGCUGCAGCAUGGCUCCCAAUCGCUGGGCACUGUAGUGGGAACCGUCCUCUCCCACAGCGCCCCCCACAGGGAGAAGACGGUGUACCUGUCCCCCAAACUCAAGCAGCUGCUGCAGGCAGGGGCAGCAGCAGGAGGGGACGGGAGGGGCACCACCUUCGCCCUGGUAACCGACGGCAACCGCAUCAGCACCUCCCCCCUGUCCCUCGCCGUGCUGCCCUCCGCCGCCAGCCGCUUCAAGAGGCGCACGGGGUCUCCCCCCAGCGCAGGGGCGGGGGCGAUGGCGGGGACGAUGGCGGGGGCAGGGUCCGGGUCGGGGUCAGGGCCGGCAUCAAGUUCAAGUUCAGCGGCAGGGUCACCUCCCGGGACCGCCCCUCCUGGUCAUGACACGGUGCAAGGGCCAGCGGGUAAAGACGCUCCCCAGCUACAGACACCUGACAGCCAGAGCAGCCCCCCAGCACUCAGGCUAUCCUGCAAGAGCAGCACAGAGCAGACAGCUACAGCUACAGCAGAUCUAACACCUCCAGUGGCCCCUGCCCCAAGCACCCAGAACCCAACACCGGUACCGGUAUCCCUCUCAGCCCAACCAGACCCGCCCCCUGUCCCGGUUCCAGCUCCAGCCCAGCAGAACCCUCCGCUGCCCCCGGUGUCUGUUCACCAGAGCCCGCCGCUGGUCCACCCGGGCCCCCCCCCUCAGCCCCCACUGGACUGGGCUGAACCGCGGACCGGUGGCAGCCCCUGCAACCAGCUCCCUCUGGACCUCUCUAGCGGGGCGCUGGGGGGUCGUGGUGGGGAGGGUGGCGAAGGAGAGGGGGAGGCGGCGUUGGACCUGAGUUUGCCCUGCAGAGGGGUGGGGGAGGGGGAAGACGAGGAGGCGGGUAGCGGAGGUGGUGGAGGUGGUGGUGGAGGUGGUGGUGGAGGUGCGUUGUCGUCGGCGCUGGUUCUGCGUAAAGCCAAACCCACAUCCAGCAUCUUGCAGCAGGUGCUGAUGAGGAACUAUGCCAACCUCGCCACGGCAACCCAGCAGCAUCCCAGCGGCAACCUGGCCGCCCUGGUGACCGACGUCGCUAUAGUAACAACCUCCACAGCCGUCGCUUCUGCCGUUAAUGGGGGUGUGGAGAGCGCUGAGCCAGAGAGGAUGGUGGUGGAGUUGGCACUACCCCCCUCCUCUUCCUCCUCUUCCUCUUCCUCCUCCCUGGAGACCCCCACCCCUCUCCCACUCGCUCCUGUCACCAUGCCACUACCCUCCACCACCCCUGAAAACUCAAACCCGACUCCAGCUCCUCCUGCCCAGGUGCUCCACUCAGCAUCCUCAGCAGCCUCAGCAUCCUCAGCCGCAGCAUCCUCGCCUGUUGUCAUGGUAACCACCUCAGCGCCCGCCCAGCUGUUGCCCGUGAGCUCCGCUGUUGCCCAGCCCGCUGCCCUCGCCCUCCUCUCCUCAGACGGGACCCUCGGUGCCUCCACACCCACCCUGGCUCUGCUCUCCGCAGAUGGCUCCAUCACCACUGGGUGCAUCAGUGCUGGUAAGCCCCUGCUGCCAGAAGACCCCCAUGCCCAGGUGAAGGCUCUGUUGCCCAGUUGGGGCGGCGCUCUGCCCCUGUGCCUGGCAACAGGAGAGGCUCUGCAGGCACGGCAACAGCAGCAGCAGCAGCAGCAGCAGCCGGCUAGCUCUGGAGGUGAGCUCGCCCUGUCAGCGCCCCCUGCAGGAUCGGAGUUCGUGACGCCCCUCCCCCUCUCAGUCCCGGCGCUGCAGGCGUUCGCUGCGUCCGUGGGCGAUGCGAGCGGCGUUGGUGUUGGCGGUGGUCUGCAGUCGUACAGCAUCAUCCCCAGUGCCGUGGUGAUCGAGUGCACCGUCUCCCUGGAGACAGCCACCCAGGCCGCCUUCGUGCCCGCAGCCUUCCCCGCCGCCGCCAUCGACUCACCCUACGGCAAGAUCAUACUGGGCGCCCACGCCGCCUCGGCCGAGCAGCUGCAAUCAGCACCCUUCAACACCGCUACACAGAUACUACAAGUCCCUAGCAACAACACCACCGCUACACAGAUACUACAAGCCCCUAGCAACAACACCGCUACACAGAUACUACAAGUCCCUAGCAACAACACCAGCACCACACAGAUACUACAAGUCCCUAGCAACAACAACAACACCGCUACGCAGAUACUACAAGUCCCUAGCAACAACAACACUGCUACACAGAUACUACAAGUCCCUAGCAACAACAACAACACCGCUGCUACACAGAUACUACAAGUCCCUAGCAACAACAACAACACCGCUACACAGAUACUACAAGUUCCUAGCAACAGCAACAACACCUCACAGCUGAUCGAGCUCCCGAACAACACCACGCAGGUACUACAAGUCCCCAACACCAACACCACCACCACCACCAGCACACAGCUGAUCGAGCUCCCUACUGACCCUCCACAGCUCCUGGCCCCGAGCUCCACCACCACACCACCACAGUUGCUACAACUACCCAACAGCACCUGCACCACACCACAGCCACCACUGCAAACCCCUAACAGCACCUCAGACACCACCUCAGCACAGCUGGUACACACUCCCAACAGCAGUACCCCUCCUCAGCUGGUGCAGGCCCCCAAGACGCCCACAGCGCCCCCUGCUGCCCUGGCACCCACGGCACCAUCCGGAGACGCACCUCCACCCCCUCCACCCCCUCCACCCUCUGCUGUGAAAGAGGAGCGCAAGAGCGUCAACCCUGGUGAGCCAGUGUCAGCGCCCAAGGAGUCCCGCCAGGAGCCGACCAGUACAGCACCACCUAGUGGCCAGACUAUGUCAGGGCAGCAUGAGAACAGCAGCAGCAGCAGCAGCAGCACUGUGAAGGAGGAGUCAGUGCAGGGAAGCUCGGACCCCAACGCUAAUCCCAACCCCAAACCCAAUCCUAAUCCCGACUCCAACCCUAACCCUAACCCUAACCCUAAUCCUAACCCCAAUCCUAAUUCCAACUCGGACGCUAAUCCCAGUCUCAGUCCGAGCCCCCUGUGCGGCGGCUUCGUGUGCAACGUGUGCUCGCGGCCGUUCCCCUCCAUGAAGGAGCUGGGCGGCCACGUGGGUGUGCACGCGGGGGCGUGGCCCUACAAGUGUGAGUUCUGCGUGCAGCUGUUUGAGAGCGUGACACUCUUCCUCCGCCACCGCUCCGGUUACCAUGGCAUCGGAACCAUCUACCGCUGUUCCGUCUCCGCCUGCUCCAAGGAGUUUGCGUUCCUUAGCAACCUGCAGCAGCACCAGAGGGACCUGCACCCGGGGCAGAGCUGCACACACUCCGAGGUGGAGGACGGUCGGUUGCGGCCUCAGAACUACAACAGCCCCAUUGCGGAGGUGGAAGCGGGGGAGGGGAAGCCUGGGGUGCCCCAACACCCCAACACCAACACACCUCCCAACACCACCACCACCACCACCACCAGCAGCAGCAGCAACUCACAGGACAACGAGAGGAUGACGCGGAGGAGGGCAGCCAAGAAGGAGCAGGAGGAGCAGGAGAGGGAGGAGAGGAAAGAAAAAGAGAGAGAGAAGGAGAAGGAGAAAGAGAAGGAGGUGAAGAAGGAGGAGGAGGUAGAGAGGGAGAAGGAGGAGUUUGACAGCGUGACAGAGGAGUUGUACACCACCAUUAAGGUGAUGGCGUCAGGGUUAGGCCGCUCUAAAGGGCCCGACGUGCGGCUGGGUCUUAACCAGCACUACCCCAGCUUCAAGCCACCGCCCUUCCCCUAUCACAACCGCAGCCCGGUCACCACGGCUACCACCCCAGCCUCGGCCACCAGCUUCAGCACCCACAACAUUCCGCAGAGCUUCGCCACGGCGAUACGCUGCACCAAGUGCGGCCAGGGCUUCGACAACAUGCCCGCGCUGCACACGCACAUCCUGGCCUGCGCGUCCGCCAGCGACCGGCGCCGCUACACGCCCAAGAGGAACCCGGUGCCCCUCCGCCAGGCCCACGCCCUCGCCCGCGCAAACACCAUCAACGCGGCGACGGCAGCGACGGCACAGAACGGCAACAACGUGCUCUCGCCCACCUCCACCAACGCCAACAUACGCUCCAACACCAACACCAAUGCUAACGCUAACGUCUCGGGGCCGGCGGCGGCGGGCCGUAAGGGGCCCCGGGGUCGGCCCAGACUCGUCCCGGAGUCGGGCCGGGGUCGCCCCAGGGUCGGGCCGGAGUCGCUGGCUAAGAUGAAGAUGAAGCUGAGCGCGCUGAGCAGCAAGCGUAAGGCGCGGCUGGUGCACAAGGCCGUGGCACAGAGACACCGCUCCAACCGAGACGCCGCCGCUGCUGCCGCCGCCGCACUGGCCAAGAGGGGCCAUGGGGGGGCAGCAGAGAGCCCAGGUGGAGGAAGAGGAGGAGGAGCAGGAGGACGAGAGGAUGAGGAGGAGGAAGGUGGGGGUACCCACGUGUGUCCACACUGUCGGAGGGAGUUCACCUACCGCGCCAGCCUCAGCAAGCACGUGGCACUGAGCUGCCCCCGUAAGCCUGCAGGGGGCAGGAGGGUGCGGAAGAGGAAGGAGGGAGGAGGAGGAGGAGGAGGAGGAGGGGAGAACAACAGCACUCACCUCGGCGCCAAGAGGUCACCCGCCAUCUUGGUUGUGGCAGGGGGCGGGGCCUCAGCACCGCCUCAGCCCUUGAAGAGGAGCAAACAUGGCGGCUCCUCCUCCGCCGCCUCCAGCGUCCUCUCGCCCCUCCCACAGGCCAACGCCUCAGCUGGUCGCCCCGGACGACCGCCCUUAGGAGGGGCGGAGACUAGAACACAUGCCACGGCCAUGGCCACACCCCCUCAUGACGUCCAGCUGCAGGCCUCGCCCAUCAGGGCGAGAGAGAGGCAUGGCGGUCCCGUGACGCGCAGCCUACAGCAGGCUCGAGGCCCCGUGACGCGCAGCCUACAGCAGGCUGGCACUGUGGCGCUGCCAUCUAGUGUUGAGGAGGGGGAUGGAACUUCAGCCACAGCAGCAACAUCUGGUGUUGAGGAGGAGGAUGGAAGUGCAGCAGCAGCGCCAUCUGGUGUUGAGGAGGGGAAGGGAACUGCAGCAACAGCACAGCAGACGCAGCAGACUGCAGAACAGCAGAUACAGCAGAUACAGUAGGGGCAGCAGACAGGAAGUGAGCAGCAGAGAUCAGUCUGGAGACAGGAAAUGAAGACUAGUGGAGACAGGAAAUGAAGACUGGUGGAUACAGGAAAUGAAGGGCAGUGAUCAGUCUAGAAACAGGAAAUGAAGACCAGAUCAGAGGAUUAGGCAGGAUCAGGAGUAUGAGAGAAAGAAAGAGAUCAGAAGAAGUUAAUACAGGGACAGAAACAGUGACAGAUAAACAGCCAAAGGGAUGAAGGGAAAGAGAAGAAGAGAGGACAACUCAUCCUCCUCCACCACCUCGUCCUCUUCCUCCUCCUCUUCCUCGUCCUCUUCCUCCUCACCCCUGCAGCACUAGCAGAAGAAAACGGGAGGAAUGGGUUUGUGUGUGUGUGUCAUGGACAUGGAAGUAGAAAAAACCCUAGGCCAGUUAGAGGAAGAAGCAUGAAGACUGUGUGUGUGUGCGUCGAGUGUGUGUGUGUGUUUGUGUGUGGGACACACAGCUGGACUCCAGGAUGGCGCCUAGGCACCUGACGGACAGAAUGGAGACUCCUCGCUCACACAGCUGUUGUUGUUUACGAGCUGCUGGAUGCUAAUGCUAGCCAAUGCUAAUGGUAGCCAUGGAAACUUUAUGACGGGCUAUUAAUGACGAAGGAUUCUACAUGAAGAACUGUGUACAAACAAACAAAACAAAACAAAACAACGAAAAACAGACUAAAACUCUUCCAGAGGUUCUUUCUAUUGUGAAGCUAGAGGAUUUGUAAUGCUGAUAAUAAUGCUGACUGAUGAGAGACAUGUUUUCACCUCUAAAUGUUAAAUAAUGCUAACUGAUGAAAGAGAUGUUCUGAGCUCUUGGUAAAAGUGUUGAUUGCACAGUAAUACAAUUGGAGAUGAGGGUCACAGAGAUUGAAAACAGGUGUGUGUACGUGUGAGUGUGUAUGUUUGUCUUUGUGUGCAAAACACGUAUGUGUAUGU